AUUCAAACCUAACCAUCACAUGAAAGAUUUGAGAAUUCGUAAGACAUUACUUAAAAUUCUAGUCAAUUCAAGUAUAAAUAUUUACAAUGGCAAUGCAAAUGCCAACUGAUGUUGACACAGAGCAAGUUAAAUCGCUCAAAGAGUUCUUGACAUCAUACAACAAGCUAUCAGAAAUAUGUUUCGUCGACUGCAUAACUGAUUUUACAACUAGAGACGUGAGAAGUAAAGAAGAGAAGUGCGCUUUAAAUUGCAUGGAGAAAUAUUUAAAGAUGAACCAAAGGGUGUCGCAGCGUUUUCAAGAAUUUCAGAUGAUAGCCAAUGAGAAUGCGAUGGCAGCUGCUAAAAAAUUAGGUCAAUAAAAUUAAUUAAUGUUUUCUGGUUAUGAAGCACUUGUUACUAUUUGAAUAAACAAAAGCUUAAGUUCCA